AAUCUGUUUAUAGUUCUACCGUCGUUCACUCCUUUCAUAACACGCUGGUGAUCAAGGUUUAGCAACUAGUACUAUAUUUAUUUCUCCAGUUGACCGGUUCUUUUCUGUCUUGCUUCUCAAUAUGGAAUCUGAUAAGAAACCUACUUUGACAUCUAAUAAUUGUGCAAAAGCUUAUGAGGAUAGUUUGCAAGUUCCCGAAUCGGCAUCGGCAAUUCCUAAAAGACGACAGGAUUUAUUAAAAUGGAAUGGUUGGGGUUAUAAAGAUUCCCAUUUCUUCGUUAACAAGAAUGAACAAGGAGAAUUUACUGGGGAAAGAUAUAACAUUUCCGGGACGAUUAUGCCUGGUAUGAAAGACUUUAUGAUGCGAAAGGUUUCUAUAGAUUUGAACAAAAAAGCUCCCGCACAGCCCGAGCUAACCGCAAGAGAUAUUCCUGUUCCUAUUACUAAUAAUGAAUUUACAAGUGAAAUCAAAAAAGCCGGUAUUUCCUUCUCAGAUGAUGCACAAGACCGAUUAUUUCGAGGACAUACUUUACACGAAAUAUUUAUCUUAAGAGAAGGACGAUUUGAACGACUUCCAGAUUUAGUUGUUUGGCCAGAAAAGCAUGAAGACGUUGUUAAAAUUGUUGAAUUAGCCAUGCAACACAAUGUGGUUGUAAUACCUUUUGGAGGUGGAACAUCGGUUACUGGCUCCCUUCUCUGCCCUGUUAAAGAAACUAGAAUGAUUGUUUCUUUAGACACAAGUCAAAUGAAAAAAAUACUAUGGGUUGAUGAAAAGAACUUAACCGCGUGUAUCCAAUCAGGAAUAAUCGGACAAGACCUGGAGAGAAAACUCAUGGAAAAGGGAUAUUGUACAGGUCAUGAACCAGAUUCAAUGGAAUUUAGUUCUCUUGGCGGUUGGGUGGCUACCAGAGCUUCUGGAAUGAAAAAAAACGUCUACGGUAACAUUGAAGAUUUAAUUGUCCAUUUUAAAACUGUGACAGGAAGAGGGGUAAUUGAAAAAAGUUGUGUAGUUCCCCGCAUGAGCAGCGGUCCAGAUUUGCAUCAUUUUAUUAUGGGUUCUGAAGGAACAUUGGGAAUAAUAACUGAUGUUGUAAUGAAAAUAAGACCUCUACCCGAAUGCAGAAAAUAUGGAUCAAUAGUCUUUCCAGAUUUUGAGAGUGGAGUAAAAUGUAUGAGGGAAGUUGCUAAACAAAGAUGUGCACCAGCGUCGAUACGGCUAUUAGAUAAUGAUCAAUUUCAGUUUGGUCAUGCUUUAAAAGCUGAGAAUAAAUCCAUCAUUUCUGGGUUUAUGGAAGGAAUUAAAAAACUUUAUAUUACCAAAAUAAAAAGAUUUGACUUGGAGAAAAUUUCGGUUGCUACUUUACUCUUUGAAGGCAAUAAAUCUGAAGUUGCUGCUCAGGAAAAACGAGUAUAUGAAAUUGCAGCUCAGUUUGGAGGCAUUCCUGGUGGUGAAGAAAACGGUCAAAGGGGAUAUAUGUUAACCUUCGUCAUUGCUUAUCUUCGAGAUAUCGCUCUUGACUACAAAGUUGUUGCCGAAAGCUUUGAAACUUCAGUACCCUGGGAUAGACUAUUGGACAUGUGCCGAAAUGUUAAAGAUAGAAUAACGAGAGAGUGCAAGGAGAGAGGACUACAACACGCACCUUACGUAACUUGCAGAGUUACUCAAACAUACGACGCUGGAGCAUGUGUAUAUUUUUACUUCGCUUUUAACUAUAUUGGUACAGCAAAUCCAGUACACAUGUAUGAAAAUAUCGAAAAUUGUGCUAGAGCUGAAAUCCUAGCUAAUGGUGGUAGUAUUUCUCAUCAUCAUGGAGUUGGAAAAAUCCGUCAAAAAUUUUUAGAACCAACAAUUUCCGCUCCAGGAGUUGGAACUCUACAGGCUGUAAAAGAAUUUCUAGAUCCAAAGAAUAUAUUCGCAAAUGGAAAUCUAAUGAUCGACGUUAAAUCAAAAAUAUAG